UAGCAUAAAAUAAAUUCUUUUGAAUUAAUUGAGAAUUUCACACCUGCAAAGCAAUUUAAUUGCACACAAGUGUUCAUAUUUUUUUAAUUUGCAAAUUAAACUCUUCGUUUCCCAUGAAUACGCUUGUGCAAAUAUUGAAAAAAAUCGCCUUUUUAAAUAUGCAAAUUGAUUUGGAUGCAUAAAGGCAAAGUAGCCGACUCAAAUCGAACAGUUUCUUAUUGUAUUUUGUGCAGCGCAGACGAAUUUGCUACUGCGCAUGUGUAAUGACAAUGCAGCCACUCAUAGUCGCCGCUAUACUAUUACUUUGUUGUGGGCUUGGUCUUGCAGCUGACUGCGAAUUCGGUGAGCAUCAGUUCAAUAUUGGUGAAAGCUAUGAAAAUCCUGGGGAAUGCGCGGUGUACCAUUGUGAUGCGGAGGGCAGCAUAUCGGCGAAAAGCUGCGCGGAGUCUUUACCGCCACCCAAUUGUGUGACCAUACCACAGGAUAACACUAAACCCUAUCCGGAUUGUUGCAAACGUCACGAUUGCUAAAUGAGUCUAUUGAUUGUUAGUAUAAGAAAAUGUAUUUUAAAAUAUGUUAAGUGCACGGAGAUGUUUUUAUAUGUUAGUUGAUGAGUAUGUAAUAAUAAAAUCGAACAUAACAUCAAAAUUGUAAUGCGCGUGCAAUGUCUAACAAACGCGGA